AAGCUCUUAUUCAAGCUCAGUUGAGGAGGUCCGCCGUUUCAAAUCUCAGCUGGUUGAUGGAAGUGCAGGACCCGGACGAGCCUCCGUCGCACCCGUCGUCUAGGCCGAUGGCUGCGGCAACUCGAGCGAUCGUGGCAUCAGCGACGCACCUGGGUCCCAGCGGCCGCCAGCGUAGCAGCAGCUUGGACAACGAGCGCUUGUGGCGGCCGGCGAGCGGAUUCGCAACGAAGCAUCAGGCUGAGCUGGAGGCCAAGCGGCUGCACAGAGAGCGGCAGAUGCAACGUGCACGGCAGAUGCAGCAGAUGCAAGAGGAAAAGAAGAAACGUGAGGAGGAGCUAGCUAAGGGUCCGAAGCCAAACGAUCACGUGAUUGUGGAGGAGGGCGAGUGGAAGACCGUGGUGGCCCAUGGCCGCCGGACGCGCAACGACCGCCGGACAGCGAACGCGAUCACCAGCGUAUUUCUCCCUUUGCCUCCGAGCCCACCUUCUCUUGGAUCGAACCAUUCACUGAAUGGAGCAUCGGUGUCCGCUGCAGUGAGCGCUGGUCGCUCGUUGAGCCAAGACGAGAUGGAAGCAGCUGACGUAGUGAGGAGGAAGAGGAGACAGCAAAUGAAGAGACGGCACAAGACUCCGUCACAGCGAGCGGAGACAAAACUGGAAAUGGUAAAUGGAGUCCCACACCCGUCUAUGCUUGGAGAAGUCAUGUUUGCACGACGCAGCAGCCUACAGAGGCUAGCCGAUAAAUUACACGUGGACGACGCGGUUGCAAUGAAUAACGGGAGACAAACACACGGGAAUUCGCAGAACCAUAACCUAACCGGCGCAAUGCAUUCAUCAAACUCAACUAUGAGGAAAACGAAGAGUACUUCGUCCAUGAGUACACAUCAUGGAGGCGCGAAAAAGUAUUACUACAAUGAGAACGUGGAGUCAAGUCCACGCAGGCAUGCACAUCAGGGCAACCGUGCCAACCGGCGUUCCUCCUCGAGAAUAAACUCACCCCGAUCGCCGUGCUCUGGAUCGGACUCUUACGGGUCGCCUCGGCCAAGGAAAUGCGGUGAUAAGCGCGAUUUUUUCUUCCGCAACUUGGACUACGAGCUCCGGAGCCAGUUGCGGGUUGAUGAGGUCGCUGAGUUCAGCGUGACGGACUUCGAGAUGGCCACGAAAAUUUCUCAGUUCGUUUUGGAGCUAUUUGUCCCGACCAGGGAUGACAUGACGUCGGAGUGCGAUAACGAGGAUCGCGACGAUGGUACUACGACCACCGAAGAGCGCAAAAAGUAUCCACUGGUAGUGACGGAUGGUACUGCGUGCGUUGGAGGCAACGUGCUAUCUUUUUGUGACUUCUUCACGCAUGUAAAUGCCGUUGAAAACGAUUCGACACGUGUAGAAAUGCUGCGACAUAAUCUGCACGUCCUCCAGAAGACGAACGCCAACUGCAUCCAUGCGAACUACCUCGACGUAAUGCUGGAGCUGAAGCAGGACGUGGUGUUCCUAGAUCCGCCAUGGGGAGGACCAGAAUACAAGGAUCUCGACAAGGUGGAUCUCUUCCUCGGAGGCUUGCCACUGCAUGAGAUCUGCACGCGGCUACAUGGGAGCGCCAAGUGUAUCGUCUUGAAAGUGCCGAGCAAUUUUGACAAUGCUAAGUUCUCACAGCUCGUGCCUGGCAAGGUUGUGAUCCGGCGCGACCUCAAGAAGAUGCAUCUCGUGCUGCUCGAUUUCCGUUAGGGUUAUAGGGCUGUCUGUCUGCUAUUAUAACGAGGCUGUUCAUAGCAAUACUUCACUACCAAGCGUUUAGGUAGUGUGGUGUGCACCAC